AUGGAAGCAUCGGCCGCCCCUGACCAAAAAAGAACUCUCCGUCUCACCUCUAGCAGUGAAACACGCCUCUUGCAUGAAAACGGCCCAGGGAGCGCUCUGACUGGCCCGAGGCCUCGCUCGGAACGAGCUAAUCAACCCGCGACACAGACACUCAUUCGUUCAGAGCAAAAUAAGCAUCGUGCACCAGAUCCAAUCCUCUGUAGUCCCUACGGUCCUACCGGCUCCAGGGCCUCUGGCCCUUUUCGCGUGCAGCCAAUGAUUCCCCUGUGCCGCCAAACGGCGCCAAAGGAUGCCAGUUGA